AUGAGAGAAGGCACUCCUGGCAUUAGAAAGGCACUCCCGGCACAAAAGAAGGGGCCCUGGGAAAAAGAAGGGACUCCCGGCACUGAAGAAGGCACUUUCCGGCACGGGGAAAAAAGGGAAAUCCUGGCACGAGAGAAGGGACUCCUACACGAAAGGCCUCCUGGGACGAGAAAAAUGCACUCCUGGCAUAAGGGAAGGGACUCCUGGGACGAAGGGGAAGGGCCCCCUUUCCGAGAGAAGGGAACUCCUGGGACGAGGGGAAGGGACUCCUACCCGAGAGAAGGGACUCCUGGCCCCGAAGAAGGCACUCCUGGGAUAAAAGAAGGCAAUCCUGGCACGAGAAAGGGGACUCCUGGGACAGAGAAGGGCCCCCCUGGCCCUGGAGAAGGCCCCUCCUGCACGAGAGAAAAAACCCUGGACGAGAGAAGGCCUCCUGGCAUGAGAGAAGGGACUCCCGGCAUGGAGAAGGGCCCCCUGGGAGAGAGAAGGCACCCUUUUUCCCAAGAAGGGACUCCUGGCAUGAGAGAAGGCACUCCUGGCAUGAGGGGAAAGGGCCCCCCUGGCACGAGAAAGGGACUUCCCGCACAAGAGAAGGGACUCCUGAGAAGGGACUCCUGGGGACAAGAGAAGGGACUCCCCGGCAUAGAGAAGGCACUCCUGGGCCCAAAAGAAGGCCUUUCCCGGGAUGAGAGAAGGCACUCCUGGCACGAGAAAGGCACUCCUGGGACGAGAGAAGGGACUCCUGGCACGAAGAAGGACUCCUGGCACGAGAGAAGCACUCCUGGGAUGAGAAAAAGGGACUCCCGGCACAAAAGAAGGCAUUCUGGCAUGAGAGAAGGGACUCCCCGGGCCCGGGGAAGGAAAUCCUGGCCCCAGAGAAGGCCCCUUCGGGGAUUUAGGGGAAGGGCCCCCUGGGAUGAGAAAUCACUCCUGGCACAAGAGAAGGCCCUUUUGAAAAAAAAGGGACUCCUGGCACAGAGAAGGGACUCCCAUGGAAAGGAAAUCCUGGCUAAGAAGGCACUCCUGGCCCGAGAGAAAGGGCCCCCUGGCACAAAGAAGGCACUCCUGGCAUGA